AUGUACCAACAUUUUGAAUCAAGCUUUUCAAUUCGUAAUUUGUUAGCGAACGCAGACGGCACCAACCCAGCGCUGUCACCACCAGCAUCUAAUAGAUCCAUAUCACCGAACGAGUCGAUGUCGUCUGACGAAGACAACUGUGGUAGUCGGCCAAACUAUUCGUACAGUGAGUUGGUAACCAUGGCAAUACGUAGCAGUCCUGAAGGCAAACUUACUUCGAAUGCUAUACAGAACUGGAUUAGUGAAAACUUCCCUUACUACCGCAAAGAAGAGCAGGGCUGGCAGAAUAGGAUAAAGCAAACUCUGAGUACAAGCUCUUGUUUUUGCAAAAUUCGUCGAGCUAUAAAUGACCCUGGGCGUGGAUGUUAUUGGACGAUUAGUCCAGAAGAGGGAGCCCUUCAGGCCCAACAGCCGAUUGUUGACGGUGAGACGGUCAUUGCAGCAAUGGUGAAAGGUGUAUCGGAUCCUCAGGCUCCAAAUGCGGUGUACUUUCCCACACCACAAGAAAUGCUGGGAGCAGCUCAUCAGACCAUGUUGGCUCAGUCGCUACACGAGCAAGAAACCUGGUACCAACACCACCUGGAACAAGCCCUACUCAUAGAGCAGAUGCUGCUAGCCCUGCAGCUACAGCAGAUUCAUCAACAGCUCGAAUAUCACAAACGGCAAAUUGCCUUUUUAAUGAAUCAGCCAAUAUCAGCGUAA